AUGUCGUGUCUGGCGCUGGCCCUUCAGCCCACCAAUGGGUCCGACAUACUGCUCCAGACCCGAGAAUGGCUCCCCCCUUCCCGCGCGCUCAUGGCCCUCUCCGCCUUCCGCGAGACUCGCCUCUCCUUCGCCAAGACCCACCACCAGUCCUCCUCCGCCACCCCGGAUCCGUCCGCCGAUUCCCUCGGUGACGACCCUCUGGCCGCCUCCUCCGGACAGGUCGUCGUCGGCGUUGAGUCCCGCUACCGCGUCGUGUACCGCCUGGUGAACUCGAUCUACGUCCUCGCCGUCACCACCAUCGACGACUCCAACAACAACGUCUUCGAGUGCAUCAACGUCGUCAACCAGGCUGUCUCUGUCAUCGUCACUGCCUGCCGUGGCGUGGACGUGACCCCAGAGAAGUUGGGCAAGAAGUACGCGGAGGUCUACAUGGCCCUCGACAUCGUCCUCCGGGGAGUCAGCAGCAUCCGCCUUGCCGCCAUGCUGGCCUCGAUGCACGGCGAUGGCAUCGCCAAGAUGGUCCACUCAGCCGUCCAUACCGAGAGCAAGAUCCGUGGGGCCGACAGCUGGAGCUCUGUGGAGCCCCAUGCUGUGGAACAUGAGGCUGGCCUGGAAGCAUUCUCCGGCGCUUUCUUCGAGCUGCCUCCGGAGACCUUGGUGGCUGGGGAUGAGGUGGCGGCAGCCACCCUGGGAUUCUUCCAGCAGGUGGAGGAUAAGGAGCUGCCGGCGGUGAAGACCGAGGAGGCUGAGGUGGAGAAGGACCCGUUCGCCGCCAGUGACCGGCUCAACAAGCCUGAGGAGAUGCUGAUGGAAGGGUUCAAGAAGGACAGGGACUCGGGGGUUUCAGACGUGAGCAAGGCCCUGGCGGGGCUUGAGGUGACCACUCUGCCCCCGCCGGCAGCCACCGAGUCAACCCACAUUGGUGUUGAGGGAUUUGAGGGCAACUACGGAGGCAUUGAGUUCAGCAACGAUGGCUCCACACUUCCGGAAGAUUUUGAGGGCAUCAACGACGCCUGGGCCAUGGCUGCUGCAAAAGGUGACAAGCUGGAGGAUGUGCUGGUGAAGAAGACUGAGAUGAAGGGUCCCGAGAUGUAUGUGGUGGAGGAAAUCAGCGCGGAGUUUCGAGAGUCGCUGCUCGCUCGUGUUGGGCUUAUGGGUGUGCUGUACUUGAAGACUUUGCCUCCCAAAACUUCGGAGGAAAAUAAGGAGACUGAAUUCUCCUUCAAGGUCGAGGGAACAGAGGGCGUGAAGAGGUUUGCGGUUCAGGGAUCAAAGGUGAGCAGUUUGGGGAGUGGGCUUUUUCACAUCAGGACAGGCCCAUCUGAUGAUCCCAUACCGAUCAUCAAGUACAGUAUACAGCCUCGCCUGACUCCGCUGCCUCUGAGAGUUCGGCUCGUGAAGCGUCUCAGUGGGACAUUGCUUUCUAUUAUGAUUCAGUAUGUCUCGAGCCCAGAGUUGCCUGUCCCACUGACGGAUGUGACAUUCAUUCUCAAGCUGCCGGUGGACCCCACCCUUUUGCAGGUCUCACCCAAAGGGGUGCUGAACAGGUCCGAGCGAGAGCUGAAGUGGCAUAUUGAUGAGAUUCCGCUGAAAGGGAGUCCCGGGAGGUUGAGGGCGAGGAUGCCUGUGGAUAUUGCGGAUGAUGAUGAUGGUUCGGAUCUCGAAAUUGUUGGUUACGUCAAGUUUUCGUCACACGGGGUGAGGUCUCUGUCUGGGAUUUCUUUGAAACCUGCUUCGGAGGGCAAGACUGAUUUCUAUGAGAAAGAUCACAGGUACGAAAGCGGGGUCUAUAUUUGUAACUGA